AUGGCUACAAUAAGUACGAGAGCCAAAUCACCAACUCGCGCAGAAGCUAUAGCUAAAGCUCUGAAGCCUGUCCGCGAUUACGGACCGGGGGUAUUAGUAGGAAAUUGGGUUGAAGACAGAACUGAAUGUCCCAAUAGUGGGACGCUGUAUUUUCCGCCUAAAGAUGAUAUCGAUUACGAUAAAUUAAAAAGAGAAUCAAGAAAUGACGACUUCCGCCUCAACAGGCUUAAUAGCGUACAGGGUAAUGUGUCAACAGUAGUACGUCACAGCAGUCACGAGAAAUGUGGUAACUAUGCGACAAUAAACGAUCUCGUCUACAACCACCUCCCCAAGCCUCUUUGCGGUCCCAAUCAACGGUAUUACAGGAGAAGCGCGCACCAAUACUAUCCCCAGCCGGAUUUAUUAAAAUGCUUUGGUAAUAUCACAGAAUGGGGCCUUAAAAAAUAUAUGGAACAGGAGUGGGCAUGCUCCGGUAUAUCGGACUAUUUCUCGACCCUGUAUGAAGAUACGUACAUACCACCGCUUCCUUCACAAUAUCUCCAAGGACCGGAACGAAAAGCUCGAAACUCGAGCUUCACAAAAACGUUUCGUUACAAGAUGACAAAACCAAUAGAGAAAAAGAAAUAAUGAUAACAUCAAGAAUCAUUUU